AUGGCGCGAGCCCCUCGCGGCCCCUUCGCGGCCCCGUCGCCGCCCCUUUCGCGGCCCGUCGUCGCCCUUCCAGGCCCCUCGCGGCCCCUUCGCGGCCCCGUCGCCGCCCCUAUCGGCCCCGUCGACGCCGCCAGUGGCCCCGUCGCCGACCCUAGCGGCCCCGUCGCCGCUCCUAUCGGCCCCGUCGUCGCCGCCAGCGACUCCGUCACCGCCGCCAGCGGCCCCGUCGCCGACCCUAGCGGCCCCGUCGCCGCUCCUAUCGGCCCCGACGCCGCAGCCAGCGGCCCCGUCGUCACCGCCAGCGGCCCCGUCGCCGACACUAGCGGCCCCGUCGCCGACCCUAGCGGCCCCGUCGCCGCCCCUAUCGGCCCCGUCGCCGCCACUUGCGGCCCCGUCACCGCCCCUAUCGGCCCCGUCGCCGCCACUUGCGGCCCCGGCCCCGCCCCGGCCAUGCUCCGUCGCCAGUCGCGGCGCGCCGGGGGCACGUGCACCGCCCCCCCCCCCCUUUUCCCCUGCCGCUAA